UCUAACGUAGUUUGUUUUGCCAUCCUGUGUGUGGAUUGGCCAACAUGAUCUGAUCAUGUGUAGGUUCGACGGCAGGGGAAAACCCCCACAUUUCGCAACAAUCAGUAAAAGUGAAACCAGAAGGACGAACGACGAAGCAGAACUAGUCACUGUUUGUUGUCGGAGUCCCGAGGGUAGAGAAUUAGCUGCCGCGAAGAAAAAGCCAGAGCACCGAUAGUUCGAGGAAGCAACCAUGGCGGCUCCUCACAAUGGUUAUACGAUUCUCCUCACGAACACGGGAAAGGAUGGAGACGGUCCUAGUCCAUCCGCAAAACGCCAAGAGGCUUUCACCCGAAUCGUGGAAGAAGUCAAACCAAGCAUUAUAUUCACCCAAGAAUGCACAGGUCCAUUUGCCAAAGAACUUGGAGAGCAAUACCUAAAACUUGGAGUUCCGGAUGCCGGGUUUAUUUAUAAUGUCAACGAAUUCGUGCACAAUGACUUCACCCAGGAUACAGACCUAGCCAGGCUUGUGAAAAGACUUACUAGGGAUCAGAAGAUCUCUACAGAUUUCCAGUUCCUAGGUCGGGUUCGGGUCGUAAGGUUCACAUCCAAAGGUGUCCCUGGUUUAGAUAUACUGGCUCUGUCCUGGCACGGGCAGUACAGUAGACUAAACGCUGCAAAGAAGAUCGAGUUCUUAAAAGAACUUUUCGUUGUUGUCAAAGAGAUAAAGAAGCUUGAGAAAUUCCGCGACCAGGGUGGGAAAAUGUUGCCCGUCAUUGUUGGCGGUGACUUCAACAUUGAGGUAACAAAAUGGCCGAGUGACCCUGACCUUAUUUAUCAUAUGUAUACCCCAUCGGACCGCAGAAAAGAUCGCCUCAUUGACUUGUUUGUCUCGACCAAAGAACUCGCUGUCAAGAACUGUAAACCUGUAGAUAUGUCUUUCAAACUAAAAGAUGGUGAUGUAGCCAGCGAUUUUCUUAAGCACGAUCCGGUCAUGGGUGAGCUUUCAUUCUCCGGUGACAUUGCUGGAAAACCGCAAACAGUACAGACCGAUAAGAAAAAGGCGUCACCGAAAGAAAAACCGCAAACAGUACAGACCGAUAAGAAAAAGGCGUCACCGAAAGAAAAGCCGAAAACAGUACAGACCGAUAAGAAAAAGGCGUCACCGAAAGAAAAACCCCAAACAGUACAGACCGAAAAGAAAAACACAAAGGAUCUUUAAUUUUUACGAUUUUAAUUUUGACGGAGUAGAAAAUUCGAAAAUUCUCCGAAAAUAAAAUGCCCGCCAAAAUGUGGCUGUUUUCUGUACCGGUUUACAAUUAUUGUACACGUAUGUCCUACAUUGUGCAAUAUAACAUUGUUUUGGACUGGAGUGCCAAUGAUUUUUUUGUGUUUUGUUGUGUCAAAAUCUCUUUGAACAUUUUGUACAUAGUAACAUUUGGAUUUAGAUAUGCAUACAAUGAUAUACCGGUAUGAUCUUGGUAAUUAAUGAUUUAUUUGUAACAUGUAGCUAAAAUGCAAUUGUGAAUAUAUUAGCACUGGGUGAAUAUUUUUCCGUUGGCUGCGUUUGUGAAAUUACAUGAUUGAUGAUUAUCAUAGAAAUUACAAGUAUACUGAAUCAACCAAUUCAUAGUAAAUGCUAUAGUACUUAUUUGCGAGAUUAGUAGAUGAGAUUCUUGGGAGUGGCUGGAUGAACCAAUUGACUGUAAUUUUCGUAAGUAAAAAUUGUUGCCUUAUCUAUUCCUGAAAUGAAUAAAAUUAUAACCGCU